GCGCGCGCGCCAGUACACGUUGUUCCGGUUUCGGGUGCGUUCGCUGUGUGUACCUCCUGCCUGACCAGACGGCAACGACAUAAUAUUGUUUGAAAAAAUAACUCUCAAACCAUAGACAAAUACGCCUAGCGGCACGGGCUGUCUCUCUCCCUCUGUCUCUCUUACUGUCUCCCUCGCCCGAUUUGCUGUCACAACAUUAAACAAUCACAAUAGCACAGUCGCAUACACAAGUGACGGCGACGACUAUGCGAUCGCUGCACGCCGUCCCGGCGCACCCACAGCAGAAGCUCGUCCCGUCGUGACCACGCGCGCGCGUACAUAAAGUAAUAGGCCUUCGCCGACACAACACGCCGCCGCCGCCCCGAGGGUUGAUCGCCGCCGCAGAAAACCGGGAAAACCCGCAGUCACCGUCCCAGAUGCGUCCCGCCGCGGUGUCACUCGGCCGACGGCCGUCGGUCCGGUCGCCGGCCACCGCCCUGCUGCUGCUGGCCGCCGCGCUGCUCCCGAACGCCGUCCUGUCCGUUGAGUCGUCCACCGAUUCGAAACUUCAAUACAAAGUGAAUUGUGACAAUGAUUACAUGACAGUCGAUGUUAUGAAAACCGAUGACAUUAAAAGCAUUUAUUUGAACCAAAUGAAAUUUUAUCCAGAGCUGGCUUGCCAACCGGUUUUCGAAAAAAACCUCAUCCAAUUCAAACUGUCUCUGCAAGACGUGUUCAAAUGCGGACUGACCAAAGUGACCAAUCAAGGAACCGGUACAGUCACGUACUAUCAUCAGAUAGUCAUAGAGAAAGACGGUGGUAAAAACUACGAGCACAAAUCUUUUGUAAAUGUGAAGUGCUGGUUUUCCGGAAACAAAAAUCACACAGUAGCCAAGAGGAAUGUGCUACCUGCCGGAUUCCAAGAACCAGAGGACUUGGAGAUCACCACUUCGUUGACGGAAAACGCGCCGGUUCCCAUGCUUAAGGUGGGCGUGAGACAGGGUGGUAGUAUCGUUAACGGCGAACUCAACGUCAACCCAGGCACGCCUUUGCAAAUGGAAAUAUACUUGGACAAAGACAGUGCUCCGAUCUAUGGGCUGCUGGUGAGCUACAUGCAAGUGACGGACACCAAAGCGCAAGAGGAAACCAUCAUAUUCAACGGCUGUUCGGUGGAUCCAUAUUUGUUCGAAAACUUUAAUACGGUGGACGGUGAUUUUUUGACCGCUAAAUUCAGGGCGUUCAAGUUCCCCGAGUCAACGUACGUGCAGUUCAAAGGCACCGUUAACGUCUGUUUGGACAAGUGCAGAGGGGUGGAUUGUAGCAACGGUAAAGUUGGUUUCGGAAGGAAGAGGCGAGAAAUCAGUGGUAUUCCACCUGACCCGAAUAAGGUGUUUGAAGUGUCCAUGACCACUUUCAUCAAAGUGGAUUACAAGAGCGAAAUGGCCAAAGAAAAAGUGAAAUUGGAAAUCGACACGACCGCGGACGAACGGAACCAGACCAAUUCGAACUCGCUGGACAUGAGGCCCAAGGGUGGCGCCAGGAACGCCGACGGCACCGACCACAUGCGUGUGGACACCGAGGAAAUCCGCGAGGAGCUCAAGUACACGCUUCUGGAGACCAACUCCGGCGGCCACACUUUGGGGCCGCACACCGUGGCCACAGUGGCCGUGCUGUUGAUCGUGGCCAUCGCGCGCGGCGCGAUGAUGGACGUCUAAACAACGAGCGCCUCGCCCGCCCGUCAGCCGUCACACAACUAACAGCUCUAACCUUAUUAACUUUUCUAUUCUUUUUUUCGUGAUUUAUAUUAUAAUUUAUCCAUAAUUAUUAUUAUUAGGUUUAUAAUGUAUACGUAACAUAAUAUAAUAUCGCCUGUAUUGUCGUUCAAACCAAUAACUGUUUGAAGCCUUCAAAAAGCAAAACGUUUAUGUUUUUUCGACUCGUUUAUUUGCCUCCUCGCCCCGCCCCGAGAGCUUGUUCGAUGUGCGGGGCGGGUGGGACUUAGUGGGGUUCGAACGCCAUUUUGUCGAUGGCCAACAAUCCAGAAGACCAUUGACUCAAUUUAUUAAGUAAAUAAUUAUAAAAUAUACAAAACUGUGUGUAUCUUAUGAACAUAUGACAAGACACGACCGCCAAUAAUCUUUCGUUUAAACAUUAUUAUAUGGACUAGUAUUAAAUAAAAAUUUUAAAUUAUCCAUCACGUCUUUGCCUACCUCCUUAGUCCUAUAUCAUGAACCGUUGGUGGCAGGUACAUGUUUUCGAAAUGCACGUAAUCGCAUGGUGUUUUGAAAAUCGAUACACGCUUGAAUCAUCAUGUACUGAUUGAUCACCUUGAAUAAUAAUAAAUCAUAUACAAAUUAUUAUCGUUAUAUAACUAUACUACUUAUUAAAUUAUUGGGCUUUAUUUAGGUACUUGAAAAAUUAUGUAUGAACGGAUAGGUAUUGAGCUAUGACUGAUGGGCAAGGCUAUAGGGUUUUAAUGGCCAGAAAAAAAUACGACGACCCAAUAGACGGCUUACCAAGUCCCUUACAAUAAAAAUCAACCUUUUAGAAUGACCGGAAAAAAAUGGAAUGAAUUUUUUAGUUCUUAAUUUACACAAUAUACAAAACUUAGUACCUAGCUAAAAAUUAACAAAUUCAAGUUUAAAGUAUAUAUUUUGAUUGGUUGAUGAAUUUCGAAAGCGAGUCUGAAAUCCACCUAGUAAAAUAUUUAAAAAAAACAUUUUUAAUGUAUGUAAAUAAAUAACAAAAACAAUACAGUUUACCAACCUUUAAUAAAACUGUAAAAAAAUACCAUUAAAGCUUAAAAAAAGUUAGGAAAAUUCAAAAGAACACAAAAUGAAAUUUACAAAUUUUUAAAACCCAUCAUUUAAAAUGUAUUUUAUUAUGUACUUUGAAUGUUAUUUCUUUGAGAUUAAAAAAAUUCUAUAAAAUCCUAGCCCCACUGAUGAGUAUAGUAUAUAUUCAAAAUGUUAUUUUAAAUAGACCUUAUAAAAUUUAAUCGGCACAAACAGUUGUUGUUUUGGAAUAUAUUAUUUUUAUAAUUCAAAUUAUGUUUAUUUUGCUCUACAAUUAUUUUUACGAUUUGCACAUAAAAUAAAUUGUCUUUUUUUAUAAACUCGUAGGCUAAUAUUUUUGUUAACAGAUUUAUCGACCAUCCAAAGAACUUUUUGUUUUGGUAGUUACUUUGAAUAACGCGUCUGACAUUGUUCAGAAUUUAUCUUAAUUUAUUAGUAUUAAGAACUGUAACGAUUUAUUAUUAAAGUGAAGUAGAAAUGAUUUAACAUGUCCUUCAUAAUACCAAUAUGGUGCAUAAUAUAAAAUUUUUAAUAUACAUAUUUUAACUUAUGCUUACGAUUACUCCCCGAAAGUGUGCAUUUCUUCUACGACAUUUUAUUUAGUGAAAUCUGAACUAAAUAUAUUUUCAUUUUUCAAUAA